AUGGAGAGCAUUCCAGGUCAAGAUAAUAAUGAAGACAAUCCGUAUCUCUGUUUUCAGAGGACUCCCUCUCUUCGGCGCAAAUGGAGAAAGCGUUACGGAGGCUUAGAUGGGAACAAAUUACUGGAGCCAAAUAAGGAAGAGGAUAUAAAAGAAAAUGGGUUUUUGAAAGAGACCCAUCACGACCGGAUUUUUGUCCAGACGAACAGCCCUGAAAUCCAGGUACAGGCACCAUCCUGUCUGGAGCCAAUGCACACGCACACAGCAGCUGCUGGAAUUCUUUGCAUAGAUCGCACCGCCAUCCUGACACACGGCAGGGCUGCUGACGUGCUCUUUGAAAGCUUCGCCUCUCAGGGAAGAAUAAACGCAAGCCAGUUUUUUGAGACUGUGUGGAGCUCUGGAAUACAGAAAACAGACCCCAGGAUUAAGGAUUGCUACCUACUGAUGAGGAAACUACAGGAAACAGACGGAACAGUUGACAGAGACACUUUCCACAGGUGUGUUACCGGUUUUGUGUCUUUUAUACUGAAAGCCCUGCAAGGAAGGUUCGUCAUUCCAGAUUUUUCCACGUUCACUGAGGAGACACAAAAGCUUUUCAUGAAGAGCAAACAACUUUCCUCUGUUAAGCAAGAGCCCGGAAAUGAAGAACGGGAAAAAUGGGGUGUAUCUAUUUGCACUGUGGACGGCCAAAGGUUGUCCCUUGGGGAUUGUGUAGAGCCCUGUGUCCUGGGAGAGAUAUCCUGGCCUCUCAUUUAUGGAAUCGCUGUGGACCAGCUUGGGACAGACUAUGUCCACAGAUAUGUCGGCGUGGAGGAAUUCUCCAAAUACGACUCACCCUUUACCCUCACUAAACAUGGAACUCCCCACAGCCCUCUUAUUAUGACCGGGGCUAUUAUUACAACAUCUCUCUUACAGUUAGCAUGCAGACUUGGCACAGAAGAUGAAGAAAAAUAUGAGUCAGUUUUGAAUUCCUUCAGACGACUUUGUAAUAAAGAACAUGCUAAUCUGAAUUGCACAAGCUAUCAAAUCAUGAAGAAGGACAGCAUUGCACUUCAUGCCCUGUCUUUUUACCUUCAAGAAAAGAAAUGCUUUCCAGAGUCUGUAGACAUCAACACUGCAGUGGAUUUAAUACAGCAGUGCUCAUCGACGGAGGUCACGUGUGAAUCUGGAGCUGUCAUGGCUGCAACGUUGGCCAAUGGAGGCCUGUGCCCCUUGUCUGGGGACAAAGUGUUGUGUCCGCCUUCAACCCGAGCGAUGCUGUCUGUGAUGCAAGUUGCUGGAAUGAAUGAAUACUCCAGAAUGUUCCAUUUUAAGACCUCUGUACCAGCUAAGUCUAGCAAAUCCGGAGCUUUGCUAAUAGUGGUGCCUGGUAUUCUGGGCAUGAUGUGCUGGUCACCUGCGCUGGACUCCUUUGGGAACUCCUGGAAGUCAGUGCACUUCUGUGAGGAACUGGUUUCAAUGUUCCAGCUUCACAGCUUUGACAUCAGGACACCGUUCCGCCAGGUGGUGGCGUACAGGCAAUGGAAAGCAGAAUCCGAGGGCUACCAGAUAAUGAACGUCUUGCUUGCUGCUUACAGAGGUGAUGUGCAGUCCUUGCGAAGGUACUUCCUCUCAGGAGCUAAUGUGAAUGCAGUAGAUUAUGACGGCAGGUCUGCACUGCAUGUUGCCGCUUCUGAAGGUCACCUUGAAGCCAUCAAGUUCCUUGUAGAAAAUGGGGGAGCAAAGGUCACAACAUUUGACAGAUGGGGUAACACACCACUGCAGGAAGCUGUAAGAUGUAACCAUAUUCACGCAGUCCAGUUUCUUCAAAAGUACAAAGCACACCAAGAACCUUAA